AUGGGCAGCAGAAGCAGCAGCUGGAGCAAAACUGCCAGCAGAACUGGUUUUCUUCUUUUCGUGUUUAGAGAAGUCUAGCUGGUAUCUCACUGAACAGAGGAACCGAGCUGGGAUAACGCAGGAUCCUGUACUCCAGGUUUCCAAAUGGCGGAUCCUUUCCUAUAUAACACCGGAGAAAGAUCUGGAUAUGGGUGCCUUGGACAUGAAGUACAAGUUGAGCACAUCAAGGCAUAUGUCUGUAGACCAUGUUUUUUCACAGACAAAGCCGUGAUUGUGAUUCAUGACAUAUUUGGAUGGCAGUUCCCAGACAUUAGAUAUAUAGUUGAUUUGAUUGCAGGUCAUGGAUACAUAACCAUCUGCCCAGACUUUUUCAAGGGGAAAGACCCCUGGAAAACUACUGAUCACUGGCAUGACUUUGCUGACUGGAUGAAAGAACAUGAUCCUAUGAAAGUAGAUAGGGAAGCUGAUGUUGUCUUGAAGUAUCUAAAGGAACAAUGCGGUGCAAAGAAGAUUGGUAUCGUUGGGUUUUCCUGGGGUGGAAUGGCAGUACAUCACUUGAUGCUGAAAAAUCCUCAAUUAGACGCUGGGGUGUCCCUCUAUGGAAUUAUUAGGGACUCUGAAGAAAGAUACAACUUACUAAAUCCCACAUUUUUCAUUUUUGGUGAGAAAGACCACACUAUUUCUUAUGACCAGGUAAGUUGUACUGGAAAUUAUUUUUAUUUUCCCUUUGUUCUUCUAUCUUACACAGAAACCAUAGCUUGUUAGAAACUAUUUUCAGAAACAAAAAAAAAGCAAAAACCAGGCUAGAUUGUUUUGCUUCUAUUUCAACUUGUCCCGUAUCUUGCUGCUUAAGUUUUUCAAAGCUUCCUUUUGGGGCUGAAAAAUACAGUAAAGACCAGUGAUUGGUCUCUCAGUGGCUAGACAGAGUGUGAAAUUGAGCAGGAAGAUCCAACUGGUAUGAAACAAACACCUUAAAAACAUUGAUAUUACUGCCAUGGAUGAGAGAACAGGUAGUAAACCUAAUGAACUUGGACCCAGAAGGGAAAAAAAAAAAAAUCAGCUCAGUAGCAGAACUUUGAGAUUAUGAGGAUCAACGAUUAAUUGCUUUUGGUACAACAAGACAAAAUGAACUCUGUCAAAAGAGGUGGUCGUGAAUUUUUAAAAAGAAGAUCACAACUUGUGGACCCUGUUUUGAAUCCUGGAUACCAACUAUAUUCCUAAAUAACCCCUAUCAUAAUCACAUCUGAAGAGCUGGAUAAAUACACGGAUAGAAACUGGAGCACUCUCCUGUGCAUACAUUUUUUCUCUUUAGUGACAAUGAUAACAUACUACCUCUAGUGUAGUUACAAAUUCUUCAUUCACCAUCCAUUUUUCUGG